ACUGAACAGACUCCUAAGGCAUUUAAGAUUAAGACCAUGUCCCCACCCUCGUUCCAACUCAUGCCCUUCUGGUUCGACAAUAUCGAAGCCUGGUUCUGCUACGCAGAAGCCAACUUCCACGGGCACGGCGUGAAUGACACACGUGCACAAUUCCUCUCAGUAUUCAAGGCACUACCGCGCGAAUUCAACAGGUACGUAACACCUAGUAUGUUUACUAGUGAUGUUUCUGAACCUUACGAAAAUUUAAAACGUUCGAUUCUUAAACGAGGAGACCUAACCGAUCGACAAAGGUUAGAUCAACUCUUUAUUAACAUAGACCUGCAGCACGGUUUCGCGACGGACAUUUUGCAAAGGAUGAGAGAGGUUAUAGGCCCAAGAACUUUCGACAAAGGCCUAUUCAAACAACUUUUCUUGUCUAAACUUCCCCAACAGGUGAAAGUGGUUCUGGUCUCGUUCCAGAACAACGCCUUAGGCGAGCUGGCUGCAUCUGCCGAUCGUAUCUUAGAAAUUACGAAACCUUCUACUACCGAGGUAUUUUCAGUCAAAGAAAUGCCUCAAACGACUCAGAAUGACAUAACCGAGUUAUGUCAUACACUCACGCGUUAUCUUAAUCUUCGUAACGACCUUAAUCGCUCGCACACCCCACGAAGAAGCAUUUCACGUAAGCGAUCUGUCUCUAGACCACGAGAGACGGAUAAUCCCGACUGGUGCUGGUAUCACAACCAGUAUGGAAAGUCUUCCAGAAAUUGCAGAAAACCCUGCAAUUUUCCCAUCUCAAAACCGACCGACUAGAAAAACAACUCGAGAAACUUCCAAGCCGGCACGCGUCAA